AUUCGGUACAUGAUGGCCAAUAUACGUGUGAAGCAAGUAAUUCAGCAGGUGUCGCCAUCUACGAAACAUCACUGACAGUAGAAGAGCAUGUUGUAGAACUAGGAGGAGACGAAACGAUACGUGUCAGGUCACCUAUGUAUAGAUGGUUUGCGGCCAGACAAGUAGAAGGCUUCUAUACCUGGGUAAUUAAUGCUCCCGAAAACUGCACAGUUCUGAUAAAACUUGAACAACUCGAUACACUUGAUGGUAAGGAGUCCCUGGAGAUCGGGACUGGGUACAACACAUCGAGUAAUAAGAUCUGGUCAUUAGAUGGAAUAAUCCCACUCUACUUCAAUAUCAACUCAAGCGUCGUAUGGCUGUGGUUCAAGUCAGAAACUCACGAGAGCCCUCGGUCACAUGGAUUUAUUGCGUCAGUAUCAUCAGUAUGUGAUCAAGCGGGUAAUGAUGAGCCUUACAUCGACACAAGAGGUUCUGGUGUAUUAUUAUCACACGGAGAAUCCUACACCAUAGCUUCGCCUAACUUCCCUGAGAACUUUCCUUCAUAUAACUCUGUGAAUUGGCUUUUCAACCUCCCAGAAGAAGGUUGUCAGCUUACUAUUGAUUUCAAGAAUUUUACAACAAGAUCGGAAUACGAAGCUCUAAAUAUCAGUUCAACUACCGGAUUAGAGGGACCACGCUUGCAACAAAUGAUUUUGUAUGGUGACCUCACAAUAGAACCAAUUAAGAUCACAACGACUUCUUCCCUCAUCCAAUUCAAGACUUCGAUUUCUAUUGGCCCUGACGUCACAAGGGGAUUUAAAGCUGUACUACACGCUGACUGUGAGACAGAUACAACCCGUCCGAUUAUUGAUGCAGUUGGUUCUAAUGUAUCAUUGGCCAGCGGAGAUACGUAUUAUAUAUCUUCUCUCAACUAUCCAUAUGUAAACUAUCCAAGAGAUCAAGACGUAAUUUGGCGAUUCUUUCUACCAAAACCAACCUGUCAGCUGAUAAUUUCAUUCAUGGACUUUGAACUAUAUCGAUACAUUCAUAAGCUUUCUAUCAGCAGUACAUCGGAGCCACGUGAUACCCUCAUCGAGCUUACUGCCGACGACUCACCGGGUAAUAUCACAUUAACUUCUGAUUACGUCAUCAUUCAUUUCGAAGCGGAUUCUUUUGAUGGAGAACGGGGUUUUAUGGUAUUGGUUUCUGGUCUCUGUAUACAAGAUGCGACGCCUGAACCUGUCAUAGAUGCAGAAGGUGGUAGCUUUAAUCUUUCUGAUGGUCAGAUGUUUUCCAUAUCAUCACCCAACUACCCUUAUGGGAGCUAUCCAGAAAGACAGGACAUCACGUGGUCCUUCUAUCUUCCACAUCAAAACUGUCGAUUAAACAUCACAUUUCAAGAUUUCCAUACCGAAAGUGGGUAUGACAAGGUCUACAUCCGGUGGCAGAACACAGAAAAGGUGUACUCCGGUGACGUCAUUCCAGAUCCCGUCUACGUCACAUCGGACUAUAUCGUUAUUCGUUUUACCAGUGAUUUUCUCACUGGGUUUGAUGGGUUUGGAGCCAACCUUGUUGCAGAAUGCCAAGAAGAAGUUGAAAUUGUUGAAGAACAAUCUACUUGCGGCCCGGAUCAAUUCACCUGUCUGUCGGGAAACACAACGUGUAUUCCUCUUGAAAGUCAAUGUGACGGCUCACCAGAAUGUGAAGAUCAAAGCGACGAAUUAGACUGUGAAGUUGAAAUGGUUGAAGAGCAGUCUACAUGUAGCCCCUAUCAAUUCACCUGUCUGUCGGGAAACACAACGUGUAUUCCCAUUGAAAGUCGAUGUGAUGGUUUUCCCCAGUGUGAAGAUCAAAGCGACGAAUUAGACUGUGUCGUUACUGGGCAACCUCCUCUGCAAAAUUCAACUUCAGUCAUCAUUGGCGGUCAGAGCGCGUGUGAACCGCUCACCCUACCAAUGUGCGUCUCGAAUGGUGUCCAGUACACACAAACGAUCUUUCCAAAUAUGCUCUGGAUGAUGACACAAGAAGAAGCUACAUCCGCCGCUGAGAGUCUAGCCCCAUUAGUAGCUAUGGGUUGUGGUCCCAUAGCAGACUUUGUGUGUAUGUUAUUCGCCCCUCCUUGCGUUGAGAUUGGCGGUGUCUCCGUACUAGUUCCUCCAUGCAGAAGCGUCUGUGAAGCAUCAAGAGAUGCCUGCAGGCCAAUCUUCCAAGCUGUUGAUCAGGAAUGGCCAGAACAGUUUGAAUGCUCGAGGUUUCCUGUCGUAGCACCACCAGGGGAGCCAGCUAGAUGUGCUGAACCUACAAUGAGGGUACUUGAUGCAGCCAAUGAGAUUGAGGAAACGGAGGAACCUCAAGAACCGCCUACCUGUCAUGACGUCACAGUCCCAGAAUGCUACCAGCUUGGUUUCACCCAUACAUCAUUUCCUAACAUCUUUGGGCAUACCACACCAGAACAGAUGAUGCAGGAUAUGACGUCACUAACCCAGCUGAUCAUCUCUGGCUGCUCAGAAGACCUGCUGCCGCUGAUCUGUGGGGCAUACCUACCAAAGUGUGAUCCAGUCACUGGGGAGAACAUUACACCGUGUAAAGAGACGUGUAGGAGGAUCUCCAAGGAAUGCAAGGAUGCCAUGAAAGAAUUGUCUAUCGGACGAGUGGAUCUCUUCUCAUGCAGAUAUUACCAAUCUAAGAAACAGGAUGGUGUCUGUGUGGAGGAUGUCCGUGCCCCAGCUGCCCCUGUCAUUAUGAACAUAACCAGACCAGCUGUAUCUCAAGCACAAAUCUUCUUUCAGCAACCCGACAUUCCUAACGUCAGCUUCGAUGGUCUUGAAGUCACCUUCUUCAAUGAGGAUGGCGAUGAUGAGGGGACCGUUGUCAUCGAUUCGGAGGAUGAGGCAACCGUUGAUCUCAUGACGCAGGCGCAGUAUACCUUAUUAGUGCGAUCAUUCAAUGAGUGGGGUAGCAGUCCGUAUGUUGAUGUCAUGGUUCCGGAAUACGUUCAGGUUUCAGAUGACUGCGGACCAGUUACUACUGCUAUGUGUGCCAACAUGAAGUAUGAAUACACAAGGUUCCCCAACCAUCUCAAUCAUGAAAGACAAGAAGAUGCCGCUUUAGAGCUCCAUCAGUUUGCACCAUUAGUGCAGGUCCAGUGUUCUCCAGAUCUUCAAGAUUUUCUCUGUUCCGUCUAUAUGCCACCAUGUUCCAGCGAUCAAGAAAUCAAACCAUGUAGGGAACUUUGUGAAUCUGCCCGUUCUGGAUGUGAGCCACUGAUGAAUAAAUUUGGAUUCAACUGGCCUGAAACAUUGGAUUGCGCUCAAUUCCCAUCAGCAGCCGGUGCAAACUGCUUCUCUAAAGAUAAACUUACUUUACAUCCAGGCCAGGGAAGAAUUGAGAAAGAAAAAGGAUCCCCAGUCACUGCACACUGCUCAUCAUCAUCACCUGACAGACGACCUGAAUGGAUGAAUCCUAGGGGUGAUCCGGUCGCUAUAAAAACUAGUGAUAUUCCUGCCAAUGAGGGCGUUGCAUACAGUGAGCACAUUGGUUCACAGACUGCCGUUCUGAGCAUCCCUUCUCUCUCUGCAGAAAACAUGGGUGUCUAUUCUUGUAGACUAGAUAGCGAGGAACAUUCUAUGGCCAUCUCUUUACCCAGAACCUGCGAGGCUAUUGAAUCGGCGCAAUGCAUGAUGGUCCUGCCGUAUUCGGAAUCCAUCUACCCAAACUCUCUAGGUCACAUGUCAACGACAGAAGCAGAAUUUGCAUCGUUUCAGUUCUUACCGCUCUUAGCCUUGGGAUGCUCACCGGUCAACCUACCCCUCUUUGUCUGUUCGCUCUACUUCCCAUCGUGUGGGGAUGCAUUGACCUUGCCAUGCUCGGAGCUAUGUCGGGCAGCCAUGACAGAGUGCUCCGUCUUCAUCAUGGGUGCACAGCAUGUAUGGCCAGAGACAGCCCAGUGCAGUAACUUUCCUUCAAUGGCAGAUGGCACCUGCAUUCCACCACAAGGUCUUACACGUACGACUGUUACCCCAGAAGAGCCAACCAGUAUCACCCAGACCACUACCAACAAAGCAACUACUCCCACACCAGUUACACAGUCUAUGCCAGAAUCUCCUAUGCAGCAGAAUAUGACCAACAGUAACACUACGGAGCUUCUCCGCCGCUCUUACGCCAUAGCAGACCGAGGAAUGAUUCAAAUGUUUCGUGGUUGGGUCGAUGUUCAAGGCCAGGGUGCCCCCAACGACUUCUGCAGGGUUGUACGCACGGAAGGAAGGCCAUUCCUGUCUUGUCUUCUUGCUGGGUCUGAAGAAGAUGAUUUGCUCGCCUACACUUCACCCAACCCCUCAGUUGAAUGGUUUGACCCAGGCUAUUCCAAUACAUGGUACAUGAAAGAUGAGGAUAACGAUGGUCGAGACGACUAUUGCAGGUGUAUUGGUAGCCUGCCCUCUACGUUGGUUGUGUGUAUGAAAGCUGGAGUCGAUGGUUUUGAGGGACCCGGCAGUGAUUUCUUGCCUCCAAAUGCUCCCGAAGAAUGUCUCUUCCACCAGGCCGAUCCAUUCUUUGGUUUCUAAUUCUAUUUUCAUACUACAUAUUAAACAGUUUCCUCUUGGAACCAGGGGGUCCAUGUACAAAGCUGAUUACAGAAUUCAGAAGUCAAGAGGUUAACCCAUUGCUUAGUAGCAAGUGGUGCUUCCUGCAUGAUUCCCAUGGGCAUUUAAUAAUUCAGUCGUCGACAGGUUAACACGUGGAGUUCUGAUAAGAAGUGGUCUCUAUACACUGCAUUUAGUAAUUGAACUAUUCACUAGUCAACAGGUUGACCUAUUUAGAACCUGGUGGUUCCAGUAAAAAGCCUAUGGAAAUCAAAGAGUUCAGUAGUCAACCAUCUCCCUACCAAAACCACUUGAUCUGUGUACUCCAUUGAAAACCAAUUAGGAUAAUGACAAAAUCCAGUUGACAUUGGGUUUACAUUUUAUAUCUAUGGAGGGAAAUGCAGUGAAAAAUGUAAAAAUAUUAAAGAAUUUUCAUUUUAAAAAUACAAUUUUGGGGCUGGUUUGUCUGCUAAUUUGUAACAAGUUAGAAUAUCUCCCCAUACACCGUAUGUCCUACCCCUCAAAAUUUAGUAUGAUUCAUUACACUACUGUGCGGAGGCAUGGAUUGACCUCCGUGGCAAAAAGGUUAUUGCUUUUCCUGUGAAUUAAAAAAAAUGUAACAAAGUCAACCAACUUCUGAAGAUCUUAAAUUAAUCUACUGAUGUUUGAUAAUACUUAUGUCCAUGCACUGUUUUUUUUACAGAUCUGAUGCUAGACAAAACCUUAAAUGCAAUCUGUUUACGAGCUGGGACCUCUUAACGCCCUGGUUUUAGAUAAUAUAUUAUAUGCACCGUUUUUGAAAGUUCUAUUGUUAGAAACUCCCUGGUUAGAUAAUGCUUAGUAUGCACUGCUUUUUAACUAGAUCUUCCAAUAACCAAAUACAGAUUUUCACCAACGCCUUCAUGAAGCUUUUUAUGCAUCUGUAUAUGUCAUACCUCGCGUCUUUUACCUCCGUACAUGUAUGAAAAAAACGUUUUGGGGUUAUUUUUAUACUGUUUUUUAUAUAAUGAUUUUGAGUUUUUACCUAUCAUGACGACAGAAUAGGCAAUUAAUCACAACAAAAAAGUGUUUUGUACUGAUUGUAUAUAGAGACAUGAGUUUGCAAGAUGUCAGCGUUAUGAUGAAACUAAUAAAUAGAUGAUCAUGAUA